AUGAACGCUAGCAAAUUCCCUUUGCCGGAUGGAUAUUUUCCACCUGUCAAGCUCACUCCUGGUGAAAUUGAGGUCUAUGAGCGACGCGUGGAGAUUAUCAUGAAAAAUGCCUUGGCCGAAUACAACUUGCAUGAAGCUAUGGGAGCUCGACCGGACUAUGGAUCACGAUGGAGCGUUGUGGGAAAUGUUGAGCACCUAAUUGCAGUUCGUGAGGUGGACCCAUCAAGGUCCGUUGAAUCUUCACGCGUCUUUGGACGUGUUGACGGUGAUUAUCGCAACUUCAUUGACUUUCAUUAUUCGGUGACAGCUCAGGAGGUCUUUGCAGUAAACCAGUUCAUGUUUGGAUAUGCAGUAGAUAGCGCUGUGCUAUGCAACAUUCAUACGAAAGAAACGCAAAAACCUCAUUUGUAUCUCGGUAUGAAGUGGGUUUGUUUACAGCCGUCAAACCUCUCACGCAAGCGCGAUAUGUGCUUUCUUGAGUAUCUUGUUUACACGAAAGAUCUCCAGUGUCGAGAUGUUGGCGUACGUAUUACUCUGCCAUUGCUCCUGGAUGAGUGUCCGCCGCUACCUGAAAAGUUGAAGACAAGGCGAGUUCAUGCGCAUACGGUGACUAUCGUGCGCCCAGCGAAUGAAAGCGCCGACACAACUCAGCUAUUCAUGACAAGUGAAGUGGAUAUGUACAAGGGAUCAAACUCCACGUCUAUUGCGUCGUUCAAGAAGCUCAUGACGACAUUGAGUUCUAUGGCAUUGUUCGCCGACUCUAAACGCAUAUCAGUGUAUGGUAUGCUCGAUCGCCGUAGCUGGGCGAAGAAAAAGACGCGUACAAACUGCUUCGUGUGCGACCGCAAGUUUUCGACCACGCGACGACGUCAGCACUGUCGUCUCUGUGGCGAGUUGGCUUGCCGGCGUUGCAUGAUGGUUCGUGAUGCCCCAGCUGUCGAUGGCAGCACUGCUACGACGUCACGUACCUUUCAGGUAGUAAAAACUGUGUUCUGUAAAUCAUGUAUAAGCAAGGUUCGUGAUUUAGACGUCAAGAAUAUCGCUGCAGCUGACAGUCAAGAUGAAGGUCUGUCUGACGCGGAGUCCGCGGGCUGGUACGCGAACAAGAGCUUUGACAACGAGAGUAAUUUUGUAGUGUGUGCUGGAUCAUCGAUUGCGUCGAUUUCACCUGCUGACGUGAGGUCUACUAACUUUGGUCUGUCACAAAAAGACACCUUUGAAGAUUUUGAAGAUGAAGCAAGUUCUGUUGAAAGCAUCAGUCCGCCACAGAUAAAGUUUUCAAGUAUCCUUGACUUGGAAGUGCAAUCCGAAACAAAGACUAGCGUUACAUCUUCGCUAGACGACGAGACUGAAGUUGAAGUUACAGACGCUGCUGCUCCCAUGAUGAUUGAUUUGCGCCAUCUUCGAACGAUGGCGGGAGCGGAGCGUGUCGUGCAAGAGGUUGAGGAAGAAGAACUUCGGACGAUGCGGGAGUCUCUUGCAGCAUUGGACUUUAAAGCUGUUCGCCGCGUGGAUUCACGGUCAAGUGCAGACAACGAGUCAUUUUCCGGUAGCGAUAGCGGCAAGCUGCCGCUAAUGGAGGAGGCGGAUGAAGAUGAGCAGGAUGUAAUCGAAAUUAUUGAUGAGUCGAAUCAGAUCGUAUCUACAACACGGCAGGUCGUGUCGUCUCCAUUGGAUGGAUCACCCCUAACAGAACAGUCGUUAUUUGGGUCUCGAUCAAACGUGACGAUCGAUCAGCGACUUCAGGAGCAGGAAGUGUUAUUGAAGCGUUUAGUAAUGGCGGCGAAUUCGUCCGCUGGAUACUAUCCGUCCAAUUCCCGCGGACAGUAUUAA